AUGACUUACCCAGUCUUUCUUCUUCAGGGCCGCGCCUUCAAUCGACCCCCCGGGGUGGGCUCCGUCUCGGCGCAGGUGCGGUCCAUCGCCAAUCGCAACGAAGCCUUGGGUCUACCCCCGGUCGCGGCGGAUGUGCCUGUGUAUGUGACCAAGGAGGAUGCACGGAUUGCGCAGCGGAACGAGUCCCUGCUGUAUGGUGGACAGAACCCGAGGGCCGGAAUGGCGGCACAGAUGCAGGUGAGUGGAGGCGUGAGAAGCGGUGGACGAGGCUGA